AUCUGAAUAGAGGAGAAAGUUCCAAUUUUGCAGAACACAACGAGAAGAAUGAUGAUUUCUCUCUAUUCAUGGUCUGCCAUCCUAAAGAAGUAAGCAAGAAGAAUGUGUGGUAUCUGGAUACUGGUUGCAGCAAUCACAUGUGUGGAGACAAAUCUGCGUUUUCAGAUUUGGAUGAGUCUUGUCAAGACAAGGUGAAAUUUGGUGAUAAUUCCAUUAUUGCAGUCAAGGGAAGGGGAAAGGUAAGCAUUCGUGCCAAAGACAAUUCAAUUCAGACUAUUUCUAAUGUUCUGUAUGUACCAGAUUUGAAGUCAAAUCUGCUUAGUCUGGGACAGUUUCAGGAAAAAGGAUAUGAAAUCCUUAUUAAAGAUGGAGUUUGCCAAAUUCGUGAUUCAAAAUUUGGCCUGAUUGCAAAGGACACAGCUUGGUUAUGGCAUUGCCGAUUUGGACAUCUUUAUUUUGGUGGGUUGAAAGCUUUGCAACAGAAGAAGAUGGUAAAUGGUCUUCCUCAUUUUGAUUCUCCUUCAGAAAUUUGUGAAAUCUACGUGGUCAGUAAACAGCACCGUGAUAGCUUUCCUAAAGACAGAUCUUGGAGAACAAAGCAAGUGCUAGAUCUGGUUCAUUCUGAUUUGUGUGGACCCAUAAAUCCAACAUCCAAUGGAGGUAAACAAUACUUUAUUACCUUUGUUGAUGAUUACAGUCGCAAAACAUGGGUGUAUUUUUUGCAGACCAAGUCAGAAGCCUUAGCAGCCUUUAAAAAUUUCAAAGUCUUGGUUGAGAAUGAGGUUGGCAGAUCUGUAAAGGUUCUGCGUACAGAUCGUGGUG